AGAGUAUGAGUGGAUGAUGUGCUGCUGCUGGCUGCAUCACACACGUCAUAUUUAUAUCUAUUAAUUACAAAAGAUAAGAGUGUAUGUGCUAUCAGAGCACAGUGUAUCACCUGUAACAGUCUGAAUCAGAAGGAUUACGACGAUUAUUUAUUUUGACGUGUUUGACGUUUUCUAAAAAAUAAGUUCCCAACUCUGAAUAUAUCGUGUUAACAAACCAUUUGACGUUUCGGGAGGCUUAUUCCUCGUCAAAUUCCAUAUCAAAAUGGGUAAUUUGUGCGCGUCCUGCUGCAAAGAAUCCUCAUCAUAUGAAGACCUCACCCCCGAUCCAGAAACUCGGAGGCGUCAGCAAACAGAAGCUGCUGAGAAGCGACUGGCUGAGCAAGAACAACGUGGAAUAGGAAAUGUUAAUGCUGUUAAAAGGCAACAACAGCUGGCUGCAGAACGUGAGAAACGUGAACAAGAAGCUGGCAAUAUAGACCCACAAACGGCCAUGAAGUGGCAAGUCAAUUAAACCAGCUCGGUUCAAUAUGAGACAACAAUACAUCACGAUCGUAUGUAACAUCAACUAACUUGUAGGAUUGUGGUAAGGUAAUGAACAAAUCAAGUAUUCUAAUCGGUCAGGCCUGUUCUGUGGACAAAUGAAACAUCAAUCAAAGAUGAAAUAAGCGUAAAAUGUGAGUUGGUCAAGUGCAAGUCGACAGAAGGGGAAAAAACAAUGCUAUAACGAAAAAGAAAGCUGACUCAACGGAUCUCUAGGCUUUAACUACAAAAAGCUUCCAGAGAUCCAUGAGAACAAAUUCUAAUAUGGCACCAGUUUGUGUAUGAGUAUUAACUGAGGGCGAUGCAAAAUAUCGCUUUUAUAUCUUCAUUCGCACUUAAUUGUAAUUUUAAUCUUGCGAAAAUACUAUUUGUUACAUGUGUAUCAUUAUUUAUUAUAUAUAUAUAUAUAUAGAUAUAUCGAUUAAAGGAAAUACGUAAAAAAUGACGUAUUUAUAUGUAUAUACUACGCAUAUACAGAGAAUUGUGCGCGAUAUCACUAUCAUUUUAAGUGAUCGUUAUAGCAAGGAUUUUCGCUUUGAAAAUUUUUGUUGUUCAAAAACGAAAGAAGGAGAGAGCUAUUGGUGUAACGCGUGUCCUUGCAUUUAUAUAUUACGACUUAUUUGCCAUAGAUUUCUUAUAUGAACAUUAUUCACAGCGUUAUUCAUGUUUUUCUCCAAUUUUUUCAUUAAUUAAACAUAACUGUUGUGUUAAAACAUAACUGUUACUAGUUGCUUCUAACAAAACAAAUUAUAUCACACGUACUUUCUUUUAAUCAUUUAAAUCUGUAUCUCGAAGCUGUUUAUCGAACAACUGCACUCUCAAUAUUAUUUUUCUAAGUUACGAAAUCAUUUAAUCCGUCCCUUUUCUUGUUGUUAUUUUGAGUGUGUGUAUUCAACACACAUUUUUCAACGAUUAUCACCAAUAAUAUUACGAAAAUUCAAUUAAAAUACAAUCAAUCAGCAAUAUUCAAAAUUUAUUUUUUUCUAAAGCAAAAACGUCAUAAAAAAAAUGCAAAGGAGAAAAAUUCAGAAACCAGUUCACGUCUCGUACGACUUGUGUGGAUCUACAGUCAAGGGAGAUUUUUAAAUUUCUAUUACACUGUUAACUCUGAAGGCUGAAAAGAAGUUGAUAGAAAACAAAGUUACAUAAAAUACUGAAUUUGCUACCAAUGAUGCGCGAUAGCUCAGAGCUAUUUCUAUACCACGUCGAUCAAUCGAGUCUAAUUGAUGGAGAAUCCCUUCACAAUAUGACUUUAUAUUUAAACUGAUGUGAUAUUGUUUAUAUUAAUUGAAAAAUACACUGGUUUCGAAAAAGA